CUUUGUCAGAGGUACCUGUUUGGCAGUUGUGCAACAUUUAUCUAAGGAGUGGCUGAGGAGCAAGAAACAUUUCAGGCAUUAAAUUCAUGUGAAUAGACCUGAAAUGUGACUUAACGCCACUGAGCAGGUUUAUCAAACUUCAUCUGAUGGACUGUGCAGAUUCUUGAUUUUAUAUACAAAUGAGAUUUACAUGGCAAAGCAGGGUAAAUGGCAUCGGUUAAAUUCUCUAAAAUACAUGGAAGGAAGCAAUGGCACAGAGCCAUUACCCAUUUUGUACAGUAGGUGGCAGCACAGAGGCGGGAAACUUUUCUGCAAGGAGAGGAUGACAGCUGAAAUUUUGAGUGUCAUGCAGCCACAGGGAAACGAGUGGUCACAACAGAGACGGACGAAGAACAGAUGGGUCAGAAGAUGAGCUCAGAGAGUCUGACUCGCUCUGAGGUGUUUGGGCAGCUCAGGAGGGAGCUUUACGGGGAGGAGCGGUCAAGUCAUUCCAAUACACACUUAUUCAUCAUACUGGGAGCAUCUGGAGAUCUUGCUAAAAAGAAGAUCUAUCCAACCUUAUGGUGGUUGUUCAGAGACGGCCUUCUUCCAGACAACACGUUUUUUGUGGGUUUUGCUCGGUCCAGCUUGACUGUAGAGGACAUCAAGGCAGCAUGUCUGCCCCACAUGAAGGUCAGUGAUGAAGAAAGCGAUUACCUAUCAGCCUUCUUCAGUAAAAACUCCUACCUGAGUGGCAGGUAUGAUGACGGCAGCUCCUUCGACCAACUCAACAAACAUCUGUCAUCUCUACCUGGGGGCGCCAACGCUAAUAGACUUUUCUACCUGGCUCUACCACCGACUGUCUACCAUCAUGUCAGCAAAAACAUCAGAACCCACUGCAUGAGCCUCAAAGGUUGGAACAGGGUAAUUGUUGAGAAGCCCUUUGGUCGUGACCUCCAGAGCUCACAGGAACUGUCAGCCCACCUUUCGUCCCUGUUCACAGAGGACCAGAUCUACCGCAUAGAUCACUACCUGGGAAAAGAGAUGGUCCAGAACCUCAUGGUGCUUAGGUUUGGAAAUCGCAUUUUUGGACCCAUAUGGAACAGGAACAGUGUGGCCUGUGUGGUUCUCACCUUCAAGGAGCCUUUUGGCACUCAGGGCCGUGGAGGGUACUUUGAUGACUUUGGUAUUAUUCGAGAUGUCAUGCAGAACCAUCUUCUCCAGAUGCUCUGUUUGGUUGCAAUGGAGAAACCUCCUUCUACCAGUCCAGAUGACGUGAGGGAUGAGAAGGUGAAGGUGUUGAAGUGUAUACCUCCUGUUGAACUAUCAGAUGUUGUGCUUGGCCAGUAUGUCGGAGAUCCUGAAGGGGAAGGUCAAUCCAGACUGGGAUACCUUGAUGAUCCCACGGUGCCCAAAGACUCCUGCACACCAACUUUUGCAACAGCAGUCCUGCAUGUCCAGAAUGAGAGAUGGGAUGGAAUUCCUUUUAUUCUGCGCUGUGGUAAAGCACUAAAUGAGCGGAAAGCAGAAGUACGUCUGCAGUUCACUGACGUGCCGGGGGACAUUUUUGGCGAUUGCUGUCAGAGGAAUGAGCUGGUGGUGCGGGUACAGCCAGAUGAAGCCAUUUACUUGAAAAUGAUGACCAAGAGGCCUGGGGUUUACUUCAAUCCAGAGGAGACCGAGCUGGAUCUCACCUACAAGAGUCGAUACAAGGAUGUGAAGCUCCCAGAUGCUUAUGAAAGACUCAUACUGGAUGUCUUCUGUGGAAAUCAAAUGCAUUUUGUUCGCAGUGAUGAGUUACGGGAGGCCUGGAGGAUCUUCACCCCCCUCCUCCACCAAAUAGAGAAAGAGAAGCCACGCCCCAUUCCCUACACAUAUGGAAGUCGUGGUCCAAGAGAAGCAGACGAUCUCGCGAAGAGCGUGGGAUUUCGCUAUGAGGGAACAUACAAGUGGGUGCAGCCCCACACCGCUUAAUUCUUUCUGUCUCACAAUCAAGUACUCGAGAAAAGGUUGCCACCACUGUAGAAAAAACAAAGUUCACAAACAAUCAAGUUUACUGCAGUCACUGCUGCACUUGAUUGAUUUCUGCAUGUACAGAAGAAAGCACUGCUUUUUAUGACUAAUCAUGCAGAGAAUGACAGCGGAGAUUAAAACAAGCUGUAUCAGACUGAUUUUGAUGUAAAUCUGGUAUUUCUAAAUAAAUCAUCAUUCACUCUU